GGUUCCUUACAUCCAGAGAGACGAGAUCCAACAAGUCAAGAAAAAAUACAGACAAGCAUUGAAAACUGCUAUUAUAACAAUGUCAUGCCAAUUUUCCUCAAUUUUACAAGUGAAGGAGUAGGCUGGGUACCAAUGUGGGGAGAUUGUCCAGAUGAACAUAUAGAAGAUUAUAUAGACACAUAUGGCUUGUUGAUGGAGGAUUUAGAAGUGAUGUAUGGAGCUUACAGAGAAGAUAAUCAUAAUUCAUUGUUUCUGAUACGACAUGAUUCUGUACUGGAGAAAGUACCUGAAGAAGAGCAGGAGUACUUCAUUAAACGAACAUCAGCAUCAGAUAAACUUCAAGCAUGUGGAGACAAGAUUGCUCAAAAAUUUCCGCCGGCAAGAAUAAUAAAGUAUCACUGUGAUUAUAAAGGUUUAGACUCAAAGAAACAUACAAAACUGGUGUUUGAAGAUACAUUACAUCGUUCUAUACUGGAUUUUUGUAAGCAGCGAAUAUUAUAUGAUUUUUGUGGAGAACAGCCACAGUCUUUCAAUAAUCAAGACAGUUUAGUGUGUAGACAACAUGAAACUUUUAUGAGAUUGAAAGGUUCAACAGUGUUAGGUAGAGAGGAUGUGUUACAGAAGAUUGAGGAUUAUGUGUUCAGAGAUGAUAAGGAUGUGCCAUUAUUAUUAGUUGGUGACCCAGGACUUGGAAAAUCAUCGGUGCUUUGUAAAUUUGCAGACAAGUUCUCCAAAAGAAUAAAAGAUGGCUCAUUAAAAAGGUCAGAUAAUAAAGCAUGGCAUUUAUUCUUCCACUUUGUUGGUGCAGUACCUGGUUCUACAAAUCUUGAACCAAUGUUAAAACGUCUUCUUAGAGAAAUGGAUUUUAUAAAUGAUUCAAAUAUGCCACGCGAUGUGAACGGAGCAGCUCAGAUGUGUUGUAGUAUGUUGUCAAAUCCAAACACUCAACCCAUUAUCAUUGUUGUUGAUGCUCUAAACCAGUUUUCUGAGGAACAAGCUGCGAAGGUGAUGAGCUGGGUACCAAGAAAACUGUCUCCUCAUGUACGAUGUGUGUUUUCUUCAAUAAAUCAGUCAAUGCAGCAUAAAACACUGAUGAAGAGGGAAACCAAACCUAUAGAGCUCAAUAUCUCACCUCUGGAUAUAAAUUCAAGAAAGGCUAUAGUAAAAGAAAUGAUGACAAAGUAUAACAAGAGAAUGUCAUCAAGUCAGGUAGAGAAACUAUUAGCUCACAAUUCAUCAGAGAAUCCGCUGUGGUUGACGGUAGCUUGUGAGGAGUUAUGCCAGUACAGUCGUAGUGGUGCCGUUGAUGAGAGAAUUAACUGUCUACCUGAUGGUAUACUCAAUUUGCUAGAAGAACUGUUAAAGAGGUUUGAGGGCGAGUGUGGAGGGACUCUUAUUGUGGCAACACUUUGUUUACUGGAAGCCUCAGCAGCUGGUCUUCUCGAGUCAGAGCUUCGUCACAUUCUGGCCGAUGAGGACAAACUAAUGCCACCAGCUCCUUUCGAUGAAAAAGAUGAGAAAGAGACAUCAGAGAAAGAGACGAAGAAGGAUGUUGGUUUUCUAUCAGAUAGUAAAUGGUUGAGGGUAUUCCAUAUACUGCAGCCGUACCUGAGACCUUACGGUGAGAGUAGUGAGGGAAGGAUAGACUUUUACCAUAGAACACUCAGUAAAGCUGUUAGACAUAGAAUAUAGAAGUAGAGGAAGAACGACCUAUUAGUGUAUAACUGGUGGCAUAAAAAACUGGCCGACUAUUUUGAACAUGUAGAAAAUGUUGACAGAUUUGUGGAGGAAUAUCCAUAUCAGCUUGUGUGUUUGGAAGACAAAUAUGGACUGAGUAAAUGUUUAUGUGAUUGGAGGGUAUUUGAUGUUCUCUACAAUGAAGAGUUCAGCUCAGACCUUCUGGCAUUUUGGAGAAAGGUUGGCAGUGCAUCUGAUAUGAUAUCACAAUAUGAGGAGGCGUUGACAAGAUUUGAGGAGGAUGAUAAUGUUAAUGAAGAGGCUGUCUCCAUCAGAUAUGAGAAAGUCUGUAGAGUUGUCAUACAAGCUGGUAAAUACCAUGAGGCACUGGAGUUAUUGAAGACAGCUUUGAAGAUAGAAGAGAAAGAACUUGGUGCUAGACCUCAUAGAAUGGUUGAAUUGUAUGCCCUCAUGGCUGAAAUAUAUGAUGAGAAACUUAAGUUGAAUGAUUUUGUAUCACCUAGUCAGCUACCAGAUUUACGAAAGACGAUACAUUAUGGUCGUAAAUCUAUAACGUUACGAAAAACACUUCCAGGGACAUAUCAUAGAUUCAAGUUGGGUAUGAGUUUGAUGAAGUUGGCAUUUAACAUGGAGAGUUGGGAAGCUUGUGGUGGGGGACCUGAACUCACUGGAACAGAUGCCCUUAAUGAGGGAAAUAAAUAUAUAGACAAGGCAUUGAAAAUAUUCCAAGAGUUAAAUGAUCAAGGUCACUACGCUGAAGCAUUAAUGACCAAAGGUGUGCUGGCUCCAAGAGGUUGUAUGGAACAAUUAAAGUUGUAUAAUCAGGCAAUGGAUUUGUGCAUGCAAAUGUAUGGUGAAUACCAUAUUCUUACCUCAAGACUGUAUAUCAAUAUUGGAAUUGUUUACGAAGACAACAACAACUACAAAAAAGCUUAUGAAUAUUUUAAAAAGUGGGCAAGAGUUAGUGAGGAAAUUCUCGGGCCAGAACAUCCAAAGACAUUGCGAGCGAAAGGUGUUUUACGAGAGACGAGGUAUAGGAGUAUCGCUCGUGAAAUGGGUGAAUGGAAUGAGGAGGAUAUGGAUGAUAAUAAUGACGACGACGAUGAUGAUGAGGAAACAGAAAAUCCUGAUUUAGAACAUUACUAUGAUGAUCAAGUUGGUCAGAAUAAUAAUCAACAACUUAUAAUGGACAAUAGUUUAAUUAAUGAAAGCGGGACUAUAGAUAACAGUGUAGGACCUGUGAUUGAAGUGGCGCCAGACGUAGAUGGUAAUAAUGGCGAUGUUCUUUUAAACGGGUAUUUUGAACAAGAUGAUCAAGCUGAGGAUAAUGGAAGUGAUCGCGAGAACUCUGACAAUGAAAAUUUUUACGACGAUAAUUUCGAGGAUUAUGACGAACAUUACAUGAUGUAUUCAGACACUGGUCCGGUUAUUGAUGAAUUCAAUGUUAAUAUUUUAAACGAUGAUGAUGAUGACGACGAUGAUGAGAUUAUUGCCAUGGCAUCGAGUAACCCAGCUGAUGAUUCUCUUAAUUCUUUACCGGAGCAAGACAAUAGAUACGCAAAUGACAGUCAUGAAUCCAGUGAUAGUGACAACACUAAUACACACCAAUAAUAUAUAAUAUGUUAACAAGUGUGCUUGUAUGUGAUAUCUCUUCCUCGGUGUUUGCUGAUACUUAUUGCAGGUUUUUGUUUCUCUUCAUUUACAAAAUGCAUACUCCCUUACUGUCAAAUGGAUUGAUUUAAUAGAUAGUUAUGCAAUUGACUAAUAAAGCUUUACUAAAGUGCUUGUUAAAGUUACACACUCGAAUGAACGAAUCGGUAAAAAUCAUCUUAUUUCUGUUAAUGUAAAUCAGAAGCCGGUUGCACUUUUAGGUUCCUGUUUUUAGUACAAUUUUGUCACAUAAGAGUAUGUUUCCAACUGUGAUGUCAUUUUUUGAGGAAGUACUGUGGUGGCGGCGAACACACAUCUGGGUUCCUUAAAAAGAAAUCUUGUUAGUUCUGAUGUCUAUUCACUGUAUUUAUAAUUAAAGUAACAGCUGGGAUUAUAAGGUAUUCAGUGAAUUUGGUCGUUAGUAAUUUUUGCAAAAAACACGUUCUUAAAAUUAAUAGGGUACUUUUUCAGCU